AUGUCUUGGAAAGGAAAAGUGGCUUUCUCUAGAAAUCUCUUAAGUGCUGUCUAAUAAUAGUGACUUUGAUCUCAUUUCAGAGCGCUGACCCAGGAUCUAUGGUCCUCUGAGUUCAUCGAACUAUUUCCAAGCCAAACAGCUUUUGGCUCCAGUGGUAUCUAUAUUCAUGGGUAGGGAGUCUCCUUUUUUCAAGCCAUGCUUUAAUUAGUUCUUUGCAUAUGCAAAUAGGUUCUAAGUCACUUAAGCAGCAUACUUGAUAGAAAUUUCCAUUUUUGAACAAGGUCAGCUGGUACCUUCCAAUUGUCCAGUGACUCCUGAUUAUAAUGCAAACAUUCACCCCCGCCCCAUGAUAUUCCUCCAAUUAAAGUUAGCUUUAGGCAAUUGUUCUAAGUAGACUCUAAGCUGCUAAGAGAGACUGUCAGAGAGACCUUAUUGAAAGAAUAUUUGGCUCAUGGAAACAUUUUGUUUAAAAUUAUUGUCCUUAUUUUUUAAUAAGACCUUUGCCUGUUGUUUCUAAUCCUGAAAUAGUCACCUCAUGUUGUUUUGGCUGCCCUACAUAUGCGCAGUAAGCUCAUCCUAGCUCUGCUGUAAACAUAUCUGGUUUUUUGUACCAGUGUUAAGUAUCAUGGCUUCACCUAAGGAAUCCUGGGAAUUAGUUUGGUGAGGGUGCUGAUAAUUCAGUGUUAGAUGGCCCUCACGCUUGCAAAACUACAGUUCCCUGGGAACGGGGAAUGGCUAUGGCUGUUGUUGUCAUCUUGCAAAGUGUCUUUUAGCACCUUAAAGGCUAAUCUGUGUUCAUACAUCUGAUAAAGUGGAUUCCAGUCCAUGAAAGUUUAUGCCAUAAUAAUUUUGCUAAAUGAAUACAAAAUUUAAAGGCUUGCAAUCUAACAGCCAUGAUUUAAAAGGGAAAGGGGAAAGCAAAGGAAGCUAAUUCAGUUACCAGUUCUUGCAAGUUACUUAGCCUCAGCAGUAUCACCUGAUGUGGACAGGUGGGCCUUCCUGUCUUUAAGUAGAAAUACACACCCACAACCCAGCUGCCCUUAGUCCCCUGGCUGAUGCAGAGGACAGAAUAUGCUUCAACUUCAGCUGGAGAUGAUUGUCCUUUUCUGGUAGGGAGAGGGCAAGCUAGUGCCUUGUAUCUGCUGCCUGUCUGACCUUCCCCUUGCGGUGAGCUUCUUUCAAGGAGGCAAGAGGCCUGACCAUGGACCAUUAAACCAAUUUAAGUCCUUGCCUUCAGUAGCAAGCCCAAAUUGCCAAAGACAUGAUGCCAUCGCCCAAUGGUAAGUGCUUGGGAAACUGUUCAACUAAAAUGAAAGAACUUUUUUUUUGUAAUUUCCCCUUUCUUUUCAUUUCAUGUGUGCUAUAUGAUUGCCUUGAGCAAUAGAGUCAUUAGGAUUGUUGCCGAGACAACAUUAGGAGUGUUGCAGAAAAUGUUGCAGACACUUUCGCUAUUGCCAGUUUGAGAGUAACUCAGAAGUGCUUUCUAGUGUACGUUGUAGUUUUGGAAUCAGGGUAAGAGCUUCAACAAGCACAGAAGGAGGGAAGGAGUGACCAGCUGGAAGAGAUGCCCUGCUGACCAUCAGUUGCUAAAUCAUGCAACUGCUUUCUGGUGUGUCCAUCUGCAUAUCCAGGCUUAUUUGUUUUCCCACCUCUGGUACUAUCUGAUUUGAGUUUAGAAAAAUAUACACCUAAUGAAUUUAUCUGGUGCAAAACUCAAAGGUGUUGCCAAAUUUGCAGUGAGGAUUUUUGCUUCUAGUGGGAAUGUAUUUUGCUUCUUUUAUUCCUAGCUUGUGAUGAGUUCAAACCAGUCCCUGAUUCAAAGAACUGUGGGAUACAGUGUUAUUAAGCAGAUGCAAACAAGGUGUUAAAGGGCUUCAUGAAAGUCAGUCAGAAUUUUGCAGUCUGUUUUUGCAUCUACUUACUUGGAUUCUCCGAGGUCUCUGAAAAAUUUCCAUUGAUUAAAGGAUUUCUCUAGUGCCUAGCAGCAGCUCAAAUGCAGUCAGCAAGAUUUUAGUGCUGGGAAUUCCUGAAUUAAAAGUUUAAAACGUGCAAAUUACCGGUUAUUAAAAUAUAGCAAAAUCAUUCAAAAAUAUUGUGACCAUCAUCAGCAUUUUUGCAUGAUGAAAAUGAGAGGUUGACUCAUCCUAUAGGAGGUUUAGGUUUUGAUUUUUGAAGUUCAAAAAUUGAAUUAGUCUCCACUUUAGGUUUAAUCCAAAGUUGCUUGCAAUGUGUAAUAUCCUGUGAAAGCAAAAUACAGUGAAUAAUUUCUAAAGCAAUCUCCUUGCACAUCAAAUUAAACUUUCCCUGUGUGCCCCUUGAGGCCCCUGCAUAACUUGUUUUCAUCUCGGCUCAUCUUUGACUUCCGUGCUGAUUCUCAUCAUUCCUUUUAUUCUUCUCUUGCUGCUUUGCAACCAUUUGCAGGCUGUUUGGAAAUCUUGGGUUUUGCUCUUUUUCCACAAAAACAAAUUUCCAGCAGUGUAGCCCUGUUAGUCUGUUGCAGCAAAAACAACAGACUUGUGGCAGCUUAAAGGCUCUCUGGUCUAAUCACUAUUAAUUAUUGUUAUAUUGAAAUAAUUAUAAUAUUAUAAUGAGUGAAUUCACUGCUCAAGUACGGAUUCUUUGGUCACCACAAACAGCCCCAUUUCUGCACAAAAGGGAGGCAGCAGGGGAACAUCAAGGCUUUAGAGGGUACACAAAAAGGUACUGGUCCAGAGUUGCAAUCCUAGGUACCCUCAUUUUGGAGAUAGACCCACUGAACGUGCCCUGCUGAACAUACAUAGAGCAGUGGAAACCUAAGCAAUAUGGGUAUCUGUUUCUUGCUCCAUCUAGGGAUUUUGUAUCUGUGGCUAGCUUAAAAUCUCUGCCCUUAAAUCCAUAGAUCCUUGGGCAUUAGUCAUCAUUACUCUAAACUACCCUUUUCGAUCUCCACAAGAUGAUUAUGUUCUAGCUAUAAAAAUCAGUGUCUCAGGGGAGCUGAGGGUUUCAUUACCCAGCAAACAUUCUGAUCUUUCUGUUCAUUGAAUCUGCGGGGUAGCAUAGCUUCCCCCACCCCCUGAAAAAAUAUUUUUCCAGUUUCUUUAUUGUUAAUGAAUUAUUACAAAGACCAACUGGUGGGGAGGGGAGAGUUCAUUUUCUCAGGUACUGGAGUCUCAAUCAAAUGAAUUUGAAAAUGGGUUUUAUGAAUUGGCCUCAGGGUCAAUGGCAAGGGAAGAGUGAUGAUUACAGAUUUUAGACACAUGGAAACCAAUAUUAAAAAAGGAAAUAGUUUCCCACAAGAAAACAGUUCACAAUAUUAGCGUCUCCUGCUGUUAACCCUUUGGCUGUUCAGAGCUAGGCAACCUGCAGUGAGUAAGUUUUGUGACGUUCCUUACCCUAGAUGGCUCUGUCUCUUGUAGAUGGUGGAAUAAGUGCUGUACAUACUUAAAAGAUGGAAUUGGCUACAGCAGGAUUUUGCAAGGGCCACCAGUUUAGAUGUCUUCAAAAGUGAUUAAACAAAUUCAUGGAGGGCUCGGUUACCACUGGCAUUAUAUAUGAUGGCAAUAUGCCAGUGGUGGCGAACCUAUGACACAGGUGCCAGAGUGGGCACGCAGAGCCCUCUCUGUUGGGACGCACCAUCACGCCAGCAGCACUGUUGUUUGGGGUUUUCAAAUUGGGCAGCCGCUUCCCCCCAUGCCACCUCGUGAGUAAACUGCUCGCUCCCCGCUGGCAGCAGCUUAGAGGCAGUUUAUCUCCCCAAAGCAGCUGUAUUCCUGCCUCCCCCCCCCCCCGAGAUUGGUGGGAUUUUUUUGCAGCCAGCAGGUUGUAGUUUGUGUGAUUGGUGGGUUUGUCAAGGGUUUUCUUUGAUUGGUUGGUGCCUGCGAUUCUUGAGACUAUGUGUUGUUUCUGCUCCGCACGCCAGAGAAAGCGUUUAUAAUGCUUGUGAGUGUUUUUCUCCCCCCCCCAAAAAAAAACACCUGUGAUCCAAGCCCCUCAAAAAAGCUCUGGUAGUCUUGGUAAUCCCCCCAAAAACUCUGGGCAAUGCCCCCACAAAAGCUCUAUGUGUUGUUUCUGCUCCGCAUGCCAUAAGAAGCGUUUAUAAUUCAUGCGAGUGUUUUUCUCCGCCCCCCCCCAAAAAAAACUGUGAUCCAAGCCCCCCCCCCCCCAAGAUCUGCAAGUCUUGGCAAUCCUCCCCCCAAAAACUCUGGGCAAUGUGCCCCCCAAAAAGCUCGAGAACUUGGGGCAGCCCCACCCCAGCUCAUUUUAUUACGGUACAGUGGUACCUCAGGUUAAGUAUUUAAUUCGUUCCGGAGGUCUGUUCUUAACCUGAAACUGUUCUUAACCUGAAGCACCACUUUAGCUAAUGGGGCCUCCUGCUGCUGCCACUGGAGCACGAUUUCUGUUCUUAUCCUGAGGCAAAGUUCUUAACCUGAAGCACUAUUUCUGGGUUAGCGGAGUGUGUAACCUGAAGCGUACGUAACCUGAGGUACCACUAUAUAUUAAUUAUUAUCCCAUAUUUAAUUGCCAUGUUUGCACUUUGUGAUAAAUUAGUAGGUUUGGGGUUGCAGUUUGGGCACUCGGUCUCCAAAAGGUUCGCCACCACUGCUAUAUGCUAUCUCCAGACUUCUGAAUACCAGUUCCUGAGAAACUACAUGGGAGAGGGCUGUUGCUCUCACAUCCUGCUUGUGGGCUUUCCAAAGGCAUUUGGAUGACCACUGUAGAAAACAGGAUUCUAGUCUAGAUAGCUCUUUGGUCUAAUCCUGUCAGACUCUUCUUUUGAGCGACAACUUGCUCUUCAUAGUCCUAGCCAGCCUGGUUCUUCCCAUCAACCUGCAGGGUGGAGACCAGUUGAAGAUGUUCUGAGCCAGGGUACUAAAAUUUCAAAUAUUUACUUUCUGGCCAGUUUGCUAAGAGGAAGAACACUUACGGAUCUCUAGCAACAGCUCUAGGAAUAUGUGCUUGGUGAAACAAAUCCAGAUUUAUUUGUUUAUUAAGAGUAUUUUUAUACCACUUUUCAGGAGGACCUUACAAAACUGCUUGCAUUAGGUCAUUACAACAAUAAGCACCCUUAGAAAAGAAGAGAAAAGACAACAUGUUUUCUUAGGAAAAGCUGUCCUUGCUUCUUCUCCCUUCUCCCCAGGGCAAGAUGGUUCUUCAGAUAGACCUGUCUUUCCCCACCUAAAAUAAAAUGUGGUUUGAAUGUUAGGAGCCACAUUCUUGUGGUCAAGAAACCAAGUGUUUUAAUAUUUAUUUUAUUAAUUCAGGUUUUUUUCUGUUUUUUUCUUUAUUUGCCAAGCUAUUAGUUUCCCUGGCUUGUUAGCCUGUUCAAAUUGCUUCUGUUCCAAAUAUUUAAUUUUCCAUUAUGUUUCCUGAUUUAUUAUCAUUGAAUAUUGCGUUUGCAAUAACUUAAUGUCCUAUUUCACUAUCUCUUUUCGUGGGGAAUUUAUUAAUUCUUUUUCUUUUCUUUUGAUUUCUUGUUUUUUCAGCUCUCUUUAUCUUUCUUUGGUACACACCUUACUGUAUAAAAAAGCCCCGCGUUACCACUUUACUCGCUUCCCAAACCACCUGUUCUUUGCUUUUUUGAUGCACUGUCAGCAUAGCCAGAAGCAUUUUCUCUUUUAUUUGUUUAAUUUAUUUUUAAUUGACACCAUUAUAACACACUAUUCUCUUUGCCUUAUUUCCUUUUGAUAAUUUGGCAGAAAGAUAGGGUGGACUCUGCUCCCUUAAAAGCUGCAUGUUUUCUGCACUGCAUAAACGGAAGCACUGUGUUACGGCACCUGGUGUCCUAUGAAGUGUGUGUUUUCCUUUGAAAGUACCCUAAGCAUCAGCCACCUGUGGGUUCUUUGCUUCUAGCCUUUAAUGCCUGACUCAGCUGAGCCAUUGUUAAGCAGGUUGUAAUAAAUAUAGCAUGUCUCUGAGUUCUUUCUCCCUCCUCCGCACCAACAAAAUAAACCUCAUUUUAAAAAAGAUUGCCUUGAAUUCCCUCACUGCUUGGGAGAGGGGUGUGUGUGGAACAGGAUAAUCCCCUUCCUCCUUAAGGCAGGGAUGGGGAAUCAGUGGGCAUCCAGAUGUUGCUGGAUUGACUGUGGUCAAAAGAUUCUGGGAGACAACAACAUCUGGAGUACCACUGCUUCCCCAUUGCUGCCUUAAGUGAUUGAGGAGCUUUGAAGCAAGAUUUGCUUGAGAGUCAAACCUGGUUUUGCAUCCCAAAUAGGAUUUGUGUUAGGUAGCUAAAUGCUUCUCAAACCCCUACAUUUGUGAAUAUGUGGAUUGUCCUUAGUCAGCGACUACAGCUGUCUCUCCCCUAGCCUCAGAGGAGGACAAAAAUCCCAAGCACAGACCAAGCAGGCUGUAUCUCAGGCAUCAGAUAAAAGCCCGUCUUCGAAGAUCCUUUUAUAAAUGUGUGCGCUCAGUUUCCUAAUUAACAGAGUUCCAAGCUUGCUUUUCAAGUCUGUCUUUUCCCAGUAGUGCUGGAUGUCAAAGUGUAAGUAAAGUUGUUGUGUGUGGAGUUUUUUUUUUAAAGGAACUUUUCCAGCAGUUCUUGAUUCAGUAUGACAGAGGGUAGCAGGAGUUCUUCCAUGACAGGCACGGCUGCUGCAUUUCUGAUGCUGCUCCUUUUAGAAGAGAGCUGGUUAGGGUUGCAAUAUUUAUCACAUUUCGCAGUGGCUCCUGUUUUUGUUCUUCCUUGAUACAUCUGCCUUGCUGUUUGACUUUGGGAAACUCAUUUACCCUCUUCAUGCCAUCUGUGAGGUGUCUGAUAAUAAUACCUUCCAUGCAGGGGUGCUGAGAGGCUUAAUUAAUGUUUUCAGAGCAUGGCAUGUGAGCGUUUAUUUUUUAAGAAGCUCUGUGGAAGGGCAGCAAGUGAUUGUCAGUAAAAGGAUAGCAUAUGUCAUGGUGUCCAAUGCUCCCCUGUUUAAGAGUGACUGCUGGAAUGUGUCACCCAGCGAGUGUGGCUUAAAACGGGAAAACCUCCUUAUGUGCCGCUUGGACUCUGAGCUUCUUCCGCAGUGGUUUGGGGGUGAUAGUUGGAAUUUGCAUGAGACAAUUUGAGCCCCUUGUUUCUUCUUAGAAACAGGAAACUAGAAGGGGGAAAAUCAAAUCUAGAACAGAGUCCUGCUUUGGACUUCUGUGAUUCUAAAGUCACAGAAGGCUUUUCAGCGUGUUCGCAUUUUCCUAAACUCCCUGGGACCUCUGAAGUUCCAGGGAUCCCUGUUGGCAGCUGUAUGUUGAUCCUGAACAGCGUUUCUCCCAGAAACAUAUGGACGAUCCCUUUCUCUUUAUCUAAAAAAGAGCUGAUGUCAUUUGAGCAUAAUUUGAAAGAGGUCUCAGAGGAGCCAGAAUGCGGUAUCAAGGGAGCUGGUUCAAUAGUACACCGCAACCUUACCUAGGUUAACAUUUCCAGAUUAGGGAGUCUUUUUUCUUAAGCAUGAAAGAGAGAUCUAUCUCUGGAGAAAAUUCCGCACCAGAUCCUUGUGCACUUCCCUCCUUCCCUCCCUCUUCAUUAUUUUCUUAGCUGGGACAGAAAAUUGCUUGCUCCUUAUCAAUGCUAAGGUCACAUGCCCCCAAUCUGUCAGUGUUAUGGGCCUGGCCAAUCAGAAGCUCUUAGCAGGACUGAUGCAAUGAUGCAAUGGACUGGUAUUAAGCAAGCAUUUCUCCAGGUUGGCUGAUUGCAAGCGCUGUAGGGUGCAGGUGGGGUGCUCAUCCAGAACAGAAUGGUGCUACGGUUGGGCUGAGCAAGGCACUGGGUUGUGUGUGAAUAUAUUUGCAGCAGGGGAAAGAGGUGCCGACUUUGCCUUAUUCUGCCGUCUGGCUGAUUAGCUUAGAAAUUCAAGCAGAGGAGAUAUCAGAAGACCUUUUGAAGUUAAAUUGUCUGGGUUUGCCCUCUUGACUCUUGGGACUAUCAGCCAUAGGAGGGAGGCUGUCAUUUCUGCAUAUCUCAUUCUGCAAUACUCUCGUUUUUUAAUUUAACUCUUCAGUCGCUUUCAGUGCUGGUGUUUUUAGUUCUAGAACAGAAGAUUUUUGCGGCGCAGGGAGCUUUCCUGCAAGGAAACACUACCAACAGACUCAUCUGGCUCUCUUAAUAGAAACAAAGAGGUCACAAAGCUCAUAUAGACUAAUCCCUAACCUAAUCCCCAAACUGGUCUCAUUAGCUUAGCUCUGACUUGAUCAAACUCACCCUCGGGUAUUGUGAAGAUGUGUGUGUGUUUUGAUUCUAGGUAUGGGGCAAGAAUUCAAAGCAGGGUCUAUAACUCUGUGACUGUCCUCUCGCCUGCUUCAGUUGUUCCAAGCAGAAUUUGAAGUGGGCACGUUGCCCAUCUUGAGCAGAGCCAUGCCUCAAUUCUGUUCACGUUCCACAGCCUUUCAGUUACCCUGUGCUGCAAAUCAGUGGAGAGGACAUCUCCAUCAGUGUACAUAAGGGAUGAUUUAAGUGCUGCUGCUGCUGGGGAAACUGCUGGGGGGGGGGGCGAAAGGAGGAGUCAACUCACAUGGGGGAUCCUUAUACUUGCAGACUGGAAUAUCCACCCCAUUGUACUUUUUGUGGGGCAGAGUUGUUUGAUCACCUUUUAAAAGCUGAAGAGCUUUUACAAGUAUUUAAAAUGAACAUUCACUGGAAAAAGUGAUAGUUUUGAGCCUAACAUUGGAGGCAGGGGGUGUUCACACACCCCUAGAUUUUGUCUCUUUUCUUACUCAAAUCUUAAAAUGCAGGUAGGGGAAAAUAUACCAGGUGAAAUAAUCCAUCAUAUCUGCCCCAUGCAAGAUACUUAAAAUGCACCCAUAGUAAGCCAGUCAGUCAGUCUCUUUCCCUUCCUCACUCCCCCCCCCCCCCCGGUGUCCAUAGAUGAGUGUUUCUGUUAUGCCAUACUAACUAGGGAUGGGGGAUAAAUUAAAUUCAAUCCACAUUUAAAGCCAAAUCUAUCAAAUUUGCACUUUCUGAAACACCACAAGAACCGAAACACAGGAAUCCUUCAAAAUUUACACUUUCCCAAAUUCUGUGAUGCAGUUCUCCAGCCAGUGUUCACAAAAAUGCAUAUCUUAGGGGAAAGGGUGCAUAAAAACAAACAUAUAAAAAUGCAUUAAGAUUGGAUUGUGUUGCUUGUUAAAAUGUGUACGUUAGUCAAAGCUGCAUGCAAACAUUUGUUCCUUAGGAGAAAUUCACACUGAAAGGAGGAUUUUUUUUAAACCCACACAAUUUCAAAUUGCUGGAGGAAUGUGGAGAACUGAAUUUACCAUUGGAAAAAUGAGAAACUGAGAAAACUGAAACUGGCAGCUCCUCCCAUCCUAAUAUUUACCCAGCUCAUCUUCAUCUGCAAAGGCAGGGUAGGAGCCAGGAGAGGAAGAGAGGGUUUUAGCAGGAGCUGGAAAGAAGACAAAGGGGUGGGGGGGGGGGAGGUAGCAAAAAGCAUGUUGAAGCAGGAGGGCUCCAAAGGGAUGGAAAUAGGAGGGAGGGAGGGAGAGCUGGCAUCCAAGAGGGACCCAGAAGCCUUAGAUAGGAUGUAGGUUUGAGUGCUCAGGCGAGUGAAGGGAUAAGAACGCAAACUGCCUUCCACUGGUGCAGUGAGAGGGAGGAGAAUGAUGCAUUACCCAGGAGAUACAGGGAAACGAAAUGGGAAGGCAUAUCCUGAAGCACUUUCUGUACAUGAUGACAUCUGGUAAAUGUGAGUGAUGCAAAGUUGCUUCACUGUGCUAAUGACAUUGUUAGUGCUUCUAGUCGAGUGGGUCUUUCUGUUCUUGUGCAAAUGGCAAGAGUACUCAAAAGCUGCCUUACGUUUUUGCAGCCUCUUUACUUCUGCAAUCGCUUCUGCAAGUGCAGGUGCAGGUGCACCCAUUCUUUUUUUCAAAAAGCAACAUCCCAGCACCUUCCUCAUCAAACAACGCUGCUCUCAGAAAUAGCAGAGCCCUUUGAACACCAGGCUAUCCGUCUCUAUGACUCACUUCUACAAAGCUGCCUGCAUCUUCUAGAACUGAAUUAUUACUACAACAAUUAAAUGACAGGCUGCAUGUUAAUGCACACAGAGGUAGCCAGUGUGGUGAGGGGGCAGCACACUGAAAUUGGACCAGAAGGUCAAGAUUUUGGUUUUCACCUUAGUUACUGAUUCAUCAAUUUGUAUAAGAUACAGUGGUACCUUGGGUUACAGACGCUUCAGGUUACAGACUCCGCUAACCCAGAAAUAGUACCUCAGGUUAAAAACUUUGCUUCAGGAUGAGAACAGAAAUCAUGCUCCGGUGGUGCAGCGCAGCGGCAGCAGGAGGCCCCAUUAGCUAAAGUGGUACCUCAGGUUAAGAACAGUUUCAGGUUAAGAACAGACCUCCGGAACAAAUUAAGUUCUUAACCUGAUGUACCACUAUAUUCCUGCAGCAGAUCUGAGUUUUCAAGUGGUAAAAUUUCAGGUUUGCAAAAUGGCGAUAGGACAACACUCUCUUAUCAGUGGUGUGUGAAAGUACAAAGGUGAUUUAAGCCCUACUUGUGGGGAAACUGCUGCAGUGGUGGGGUGAGUCCACCCACAUAAGGGACCCUGAUGUUGCGAGGGUGUUCCCCCCACCCCACCACGGGCUGAUAGAUUUAUGAUGAUUGCUUGUUGGUAGCGAAUGCUUGGUGGCAUUUCGACAGACCAAAUUAACUGCAUGAUUAUAUGUGCAGGAAACCCAUUAUGGAAACCAGAAAAGGUUACAGCUGGGGAGGUGGUUAUGGGCAGGUGAGCUUUCUUUAAUCAAGGCAUUUUCUGCUGCAGUUUGCUUGGUUUUACAUUCCCAAGCUCACUUUCCGAAGUGAGCAAAACUGGUGCCUGCCUUAUGACAAGCAUUUUGUUUCCAGCACCACAUUUCUUUAAUUUGAUUGUGAUGAAUGUCUCUGGCCCAAUUUCAUUUUUCAAAUACGUCUUUCUCCCCCCAUUCCUUGUGACAGGCCAGUUUAUAAUAAUUGAGGUUAUGAGAUGUUCUUCCACCACCUUCCCCAACUGCAGGAGUGAGGGGGGAGAGAGGAAAGCGCUGCAACAACUUGCAUGUUUAUUGGCAGAGCUGGAGAGUACCAUCUCCACCCCCCUCUCGCCAUCCCCCAAACUCUCAUCUAUUUCACUCAAACACGUACAAGUGAAGAUUGACUUCCAUUUGCUUUUCUGCCGGGGUUAUAAUGACAAUGGCAGCUGUGCUUCGGGGCUCCUUGGAGAGAUUCUCCUGAAAGUCUGGUUUGACACGGCAGGUUCAGACCAGCCACGGCAGACUAUUGCAUCUAAAACUUGCUGGUGCCAGAGGGUGGUAGCAGAGAAGCCUUGUAGCAAAUGAGCUUAGAAAGCCAGUGUGGUGUAGUGGUUAAGAGCGGUAGUCACGUAAUCUGGGGAACCGGGUUCGCGUCUCCGCUCCUCCACAUGCAGCUGCUGGGUGACCUUGGGCCAGUCACACUUCUUUGAAGUCUCUCAGCCCCACUCACCUCACAGAGUGUUUGUUGUGGGGGAGGAAGGGAAAGGAGAAUGUUAGCCGCUUUGAGACUCCUGAAGGGGAGUGAAAGGCGGGAUAUCAAAUCCAAACUCUUCUUCUUCUUCUUCUUCUUCUUCUUCUUCUUCUUCUUCUUCUUCUUCUUCUUCUCCUUCUUCUCCUUCUCCUCCUCCUCCUCCUCCUCCUCCUCCUCCUCCUCCUCCUCCUCCCUGUGUGUCUCAUAUGUUGGAGAGCUUCCACUACAGGUGCAUGCGCAAACUGGUGGCAAAUUCUGCUCUGCAAAUUCCGCAACACAAUCUUGCAACAAGGAAAGCCAAAUUGUGCAUACUAGAAUAUAUUAUGAAAGUGGAAGGAAAUGAGUAUUUUUGAUACUGCAGCUGCAAGAGGGGUUUGCUUUAGCAGAUCCCUUGUUAAUGAAGAAUAGGAAAUAACCAGUCUGGUUACCAGCUGGUUAUCAGCUUUCUGAAAAUUAGAAAUCUUGUACUAUAUGUUCAAUAUAUCUCUCCAGAGUUGUCCACUUAAAAUGCCUGGAUGUGAAUUGCGGCUUCCCUGGGAGUUAAACUGCUUUGGCAGAAGAUGAUAAAUUCCAGCAGGGGUAGCAUGAUGGUAAACUUGUGGCACUUUAAAAAGGAAGUAAUAUAUACCUCUAUAAGGUUUUGAUUGCAAGUGUUCUUUAAAAUAUUCUAAGAAGCAGUGUGCAGAUUGCUGUUAGCUCUGUGGAGGUAGACUACAGUUCCCAGGAUUCUUCAGGGAAAGCCCUGUGCUUCUAAGUGUAUGGUGCAUCCAGUCUGGGUCAAACCUUCCACUCAUCUUGCUCUGUUUCCCUACAUCCUGGUCUGUUGGCUGUAGAUCUCACUCCAGCUCUGGGAAAGUGGCCCUUGGCUCAAAUAACUGCCUGACAGAUAUGCUCAAAUAAAUAUUACCAUUAUCACACACCGGCAAAGACAGGAGGAAUGGAAAAUAAGUUUCUACAGCAGCCUCCAGCAACAUAUAAACAAGGUAUGCAAAGGAGCCCAGCCCCCCGUUUUGGGGUCUUCACGCCCUUGCUGCCACAGCGGGCCUGUUGUCUUCCUAAAUGCAAAAGGUGGGGGAGCCCCCAAGAACAUAAUGAGCAAUAUGCAGCCCUCCCCCUGCUCCAUUUGAGAGGAGGCUGUGUGAUGCAAAGGACCAUUUCCCCACUCCCUGCCAGAAUGCGCAGCCAUUGGGUUGCAGCUAGGGGCAGCAGUGAAUUGCUAUCUCUAGUGUUCAGGCUCUCAGCCCCUGACUCUGGGCUGAUGCCCAGGAAUUAAAUGCUGUUCUGUUUUGCACUGCUGCCGUUUCUGAGCUGAACAGCGCCCGUAUGCUGCAGGUGGUCACUUGCACUGAGCUGGUGGCAAAACUGAUCCUCACAGCAUCUAAGCCCGGGAGACAUAAAACAUACUUUCGAGACUCAUUUGGAAGUAGCCUACAGAUGCAACAACAAGAAGUCCUGUUGAUUCAUAGAAUCACGGAAUUGUAGAGUUGGAAGGGACCCUGAGGAUCAGUUAGUCCAACCCCCUGCAGUGCAGGAAUAUGGAUCAAACCUGCAACCUUGGUAUUAUUGGUACCUCACACUAUCCAACUGAGCUAUCCAGGGUCUUUGCUUUGAGCUGAGAAGAGGAAUUAGAGAACUCCUGCAUUGCAGGGGGUUGAGCUAGAUGACUCUUGAGGUCCCUUCCAGGUCUAUGAUUCUAUGAAAUGCAUUGUUUCCCUUUAAUUUCACUAUCCUGACAGGUCAGUUUCUGGCUUUGAUUGUGAAGGGCAGCAAGCAGCAUGUGUGGUUUGUAGAUCUUCCUGCUCUUUCUCUUCUCCCCCCCCCCCCAUGUCUUUUGGAGUAAAAGAAAAUGCAGGGGUGAUUCAGAAACAGUUCUAUUGAUCACCUCUCUGCUGAUUAUAUUCUCCCGAGUUUAUGAUAUUUAUGAUAUUAUCACAUAUUUGACACUGGCUACCAAUUGGCCUAAUGUACGACCAAUUUUGUGCCAUCUGUACUCAGUCGUCAUGUCAGUUUCAGUGAGUGGAUGUCAGUUACCAUCUGCAGACUCUCGAUGAUACUGCAGACUCUCCCCCCACCCCAUUGCCGUCUUACAGCAUAUUUGCUUUGAUUAUUGAACAUACUUGCUUCUCUGAACGCUCGCACAUUGUGUCUUUGGAGCUGAAUAUCAUCCCACCCUGCUCUUUGAGGUCCUUGGUGUAGAUAUCUAUCCAGCUUUGCCGUGCUGGUAACUAGGUAGAGAUACUGAGUUAUCAGCUCAGCCAAUCUGCCCCCUGCCAGGCCAGGACAGAAUCUGCGAUAGAAGAUGCAUUAAGAAGCACUUCAGCCAAGCAAGUACUUAACUUUAAGCACAUGAUUGGAACUCUUUUUCAUCUAGAGGAUUUGAGCAUGAAUUUAAGUGCUUUGCAGCAUCAGAGCAAGGGAAUCUCAUGCCUGCAACGUACUUUCAAGUGCUAAUACUAGAUCAAGGACACCGGUAUUGAGUUGAUGAUGCUGUCCUUCAUCUCCGCCAUCAGGGCCACCUCCUAAGUUCCUGAGUCAGUCAUCUUCUCUGGCCUAGAAAACAUCCAGCCCUCCCUGGCUUUUCAAAAACUGGAAGAUGGCAUUGCAUAUUAUUUGCCUGCUUUAUUUAUAAAGCCCCCAUCUGCCUCACCCUCUCUGCGAUGCUCUGGAAGGUGGCAUACGAGCAAUUAAAACAAAAUUGCACUGAUGAAUAAAGAACAAUUAAGCCAUCAGGCUGCGAAGCCAAAUGUCACCAUGAUGGCGGAAGUGCCUUUUGAGAUAUUUGGCUUUGGGAGGGGGGAUGGGGAGAGGAGGAGAUGGCAGAGGAGAGUGCAUUGCGUUGGGAGAGAUGAACUCCUGCUCUGAGCAGCCAGUGCAAGGAGUGACAGCAGGCUGCCCAAGCUUAUCCAGGGCUGGGCUCCUUGGAAGAAUAAGAUUGCCAAGAACAGAUCUCGAGAGGGCUCCUUUUAAGAGAGGCAGAGAAGGGGAAACACAAGUCUGCUGCCACUUUUUUAAAGCAGUGGAGCCUCCCAGGGGUGGGUGGGUGUUGGUCUGGCAACAUUAAGGAAGCAGACCCUUAUGUGAAAAUGCAGUGUCAAUAAAGCAUUCACAAACAGUAGGUUUUGAUUUGGCAACUCUGCUUGAUCCCUAGAUUGGAAUAUAAUGGGGCUUAAUCUCAAUAUCUGAAGCAGGCUGAAGGUUGCCAAGUGCAAAAAGAAGAAGCAGCUAGGGCUCCUCUAACCUGAAUAGGUGUCGUAGGACCAGAAUUUCAGCACGUGUGGCUUAUUGUGCAAAAAUGAGAGAGGCUGCACCUGCUAAAAUUUCUGCUUCUGCACAGCUCAUAAAGGCAGUGGAACCCUGUUGUCCUUGACAGUUGGUCACCCUGUUUGGAACAGCUGCUGGCCUCCUUCCUCCAGUGCUUUUCCUCGUCUCUGCUGGCUUCAUCAAACCCAGAACAUCUCUUAUGGUAGAUAAAAGGUGUGGAGUGCAUGCAUGAAGCCCUGAUUUAGCCAUUAUACCAGGAGGCAGUGAGAGAUUUUACUUUCUUGGGCUACAUGAUCACUGCAGAUGGUGACAGCAGUCAUGAAAUUAAAAGACGCCUGCUUCUUGGGAGAAAAGCAAUGACAAACCUAGACAGCAUCCUAAAAAGCAGAGACAUCACCUUGCCGACAAAGGUCCGUAUAGUUAAAGCUAUGGUUUUCCCCGUAGCGAUGUAUGGAAGCGAGAGCUGGACCAUAAAGAAGGCUGAUCGCCAAAGAAUUGAUGCUUUUGAAUCAGCCCUGAGCGCUCACUGGAAGGACAGAUCCUGAAGCUGAGACUCCAAUACUUUGGCCGCCUCAUGAUAAGAGAAGGCUCCCUGGAAAAGAUCCUGAUGUUGGGAAAGAUUGAGGGCACAAGGAGAAGGGAACGACAGAGGACGAGAUGGUUAGACAGUGUUCUCGAAGCUACCAACAUGAGUUUGACCAAGCUGCGGGAGGCAGUGGAAGACAGGAGUGCCUGGCGUGCUCUGGUCCAUGGGGUCACGAAGAGUCGGAGAUGACUAAACGACUAAACAACAACACAACAACCAGACAGGUGCUGUGACUAAUUGCUGCUAUCGUCUUUGGACCUAGCAAGGAGGAUCAAUGCAGAAGGCAUAAUCAAACAGCCCUGCAGUGCCUCUUUCUACGGGAAUCUAUUCCACUUCCACCACCCACAUUGUGAAACCAGCCACAGAGGAAGCUUGUGCAUGGACAAGCUUCCCAUAGGCUCCUUUCAGAGUGCCCUCACCAGCAUGUAACCAAACAAUGGUUUAGCAGGAAUGAGCACACCUGCCAGUCCACAGUGAGAAAGCUGCUUUUCUCUUCUCCCCCUGUGGCUGCUGCCAGGCUACUGGGCUACAAACCAUGAGUGGUGAGCCAAGAACAGUUCUUGGUUAUGGCUCACGGUUUGUUUGGAGUGAGACAAACCAUGAGCCCGAGUUCGGAUGUUAACACUUCACCAAAACAAUGUGGUGGCAGCAGGGGAGAGGAAGAGCAAAGCAGCCAUGAUGUUUUUUGCUGAGCACUGUGCACUUGUUCGUUCACACUAUGCCAUAGUGUUACAUGCAAACCAGGUCACUGAGAGACCAAAGCUUGUCCAAAGCUGUUUGUUCCAUUCCUUGAGCUCCUUUUGCAUUCUGGGAAGGGAUCUUGGUGAGUUAGUAGCAUCAAUAGAGGUGCAAGCAGGACUUGUUUCUCCCUUUUUGGACCGUACCUUACAGCAAGCUGGAUUUUGUAUUCCAGACUUUGCAGUCCUUCCUGAGCUGCAUGGCAGGAUUUGGGCCUUUGUUUGCUUUAUAUUUGGAAUUUGGGUUUUUUUUAAAUAAAAAAUAAAAAUGCAAGGGCCAUGAGUUUGUGUGCUUCCCCCACCCUUUUUGGGUAAUGAUUUUCUUUGUCUGUGACAGAAUGAUGGAUUAGAGCACAAACCAAAAAUAUAGUGGACAUUUAUAAGUGUUUUCACCAGCAGAUUAGAUUUUAUUUUCAGUUCCCUAGCAUGUUACUAUAGUAGAAGAUGCAUAAAGAUUAUGAGAAAGAAAAUGAGUGUUGUAGCAGUAAUACUAUGAAGGGUUUGUUGUUGCUGGUUUUUGAAUACAUUCAGAUUAUUUCUUUUAUUAAGAAACGGUUACCAUCCUAAGCCUCCUUCACUUUUCAGAUUGCGGGUGGGCUAUUACUGACAAAUAACUGUGACACAGACAGAAGCCUCCCUACUGUGUCUCUGAGUCAUAGACAGUUAUGACAAGAUACAGGUAGCCAACUUUAAGAAAGGAGAAGGAAGUACCCCUACCCUAGUUGCAGGAGUGCCAGCUUGGCCCCACAACUGUGAUUGCCCAGGGCCAUAGGUACAUGCAGCAUGCAUGGCCCUGGCACCAAAAUUUGUAGGUGCCCGGCCUCUUCAUGGGGAAUUUGGUGGGUGGUCAGUCACCCAGGGAGUUGGCACCUAUGCCUAGUGUUCCUCUUGCCUGUGAGGUAUAUCAUCUGAACAACCAAGGCUGAAGUGCUCUACUCCCACUGACCCGGGUGUUUAAAUGGGACUACAAAGGGGCUUCUUCCUUCAGAGUGCUAGGCAUGUACAGGAUCACGCUGUAAUUCUGGCAAUGGGUGGACAGUCUGAUUCUGCCUCUGACUGGGAUGCGGAUUCUGCCUCAGAAGCACUUGAUGCUGCCUGACUUCUCAGUGGAUCAAAUGCUUCUAGGCUGGCGGAGGAAAUACCUUGAUCCCCUUCAGGAUAAACACACGAGAUAAUUACUGUACUGAAUAUUAUGGGAGCCAGGGACCAAAACAUGUGAUAUACACAGACCCAGAAGUGCCUUGUUAAGAGUAGGUGGUUCCCACGUUUCAACUUCUUUCAGAAGACAGCUCUCUGAAAGCUACUUUCCCCCAUUACAAAGAGAUCAAAUGCCUCCCACUCUGUCAUCCUCAACUCUUAUUCCCCCAAGGCACCCUUGCUCUCAAUAUUAUCCCUGGGUAGAGCUUUUGAGUGGCACAAGGGAAUAAGCUAUUUCCCAAUGAAAUGACACUUCCACAUGGUUUAAUUUGCAGCCAAGCCUGUUGAUCUGCCCUGCUCAGUGUUUAUUAGCAUUUCAGAAAGCUGGCUGCGCUGCUACAAUCUACUAUUUUUAUUUUAUGUAUUUUUUUUGUUUCUUAGGAAACUCUGUUCCAGUUUUAUCAUCUGCAUCCUGCUAUGCACAAAAUCAGGUUGCCAACAAGAUUUCAAAAUCAGAAUUGUCCAGUUGGAAGGGACCCCAAGGGUCAUCUAGUCCAGCCCCCUUCAGUGCAGGAAUUUGAACUGGAUCAUACAUGACUGCUGGCCAUCCAACCUCUGUCUAAACACCUCCAAGGAAGGAGCGUGCCCCGCCUCCCAAGGGAGUCUGCUCCACUGUUGAGCAGCUGUUACUGUCUGCAAGUUCCACUGUGGCAGCACAACCACCAAAUUUGGGUCGGAAGUGCCAUGCUUUCAUAAGUUUAGAGAACCUGCUCUUUCCAUUUGCAGUUGAUGGGGCUGUGAGUGGUACCGAUUUGUGGCCUUUGGGUGACAUCACAAGACUACCCUUCCAGGUUUUCAACUUUUAAAAGCUAUUAGUUGAGUCCUUAAAACAAAACUACAGUGAGGAACAAGACUUUAAGUUGAAUUAACAUUCAUGUUGAUCUUUAAAAAAAAAAAAAUCCACACUGCUUGCCCAUUGCAUAAUAACACAGAGGGGGAGGGCAAGACAGAUGACUGAAUUAGCAUUCAGUGCACUGGCCAGUACAUCUGUUAAAUGCCUUGUGAGGUGUGCAUACGUGAGGGGGUGUCAUUCAGGUUUGAUUUCCUUAGACAAAAUAUGCAACAACUCCUGUUCAUACCCUAAAUGGUGCAUAUUGGGUUCCUUGAUUUGGAUGAAUGAAUUCAGCCCAUAUGCUUGCUUUAUUUACCACAGUAUCUGAAUAUUUAUAGUACUGCGAGAAUGGCAUAAAGUGACAAAAGUGAAAAGUGAAACAAGGUAGCAGGAGUGCACAUGUCGGUAAGAUGACGGGAGCCUGUGAGUGAUGGGCAGGCACAGAAAUGCCUCUUUAGAAGGCGUCUGCCAAAAGUGCCGUCUUUCCUCCAGCCACAUAAAGGAGAGGGUAAUUUUAAACUCUGUCCUGUGCACGGAAGAAAUGUAAGGAUUCAAGACAUUGUCUUGAAUAUACUUCCAGAGCUGUUUUACUUAUUUCAUAACAUUUAUAUACCAUGUGAUUGUAAAGGAAAACCUCAAAGCAGUUUACAAAAAGAGGGUAGGUUUGUGUCCAUUCAUUCUGCUGACAGAUCAGCUCCAUUGGCUCCUGCCUCCUUCAACUGUCAUCUAUUAGCACCCAAAACAACAAGCUGCAGAGCAAAGGCAGGGAAGAGAAGCAGGGCUGAAGACUGACUCCUUUUGUUUUUCCUCUCCCUGAACUCUCCAUUCCAGCUGAUUAUUGAUAGUUUCAAGAACAGGUUUCUGAGUUUGCUUGUUUUCCUCUUCCCUCCUCUUCCCUUUUCCCUUCAUUGCUGUGUUUUUAGGUUGGAAAUCUGUGGGCAGCAGCUGCCUUAUUUAUUUUUCUGUUUUGUUUUUAUUGAUCUUAUGUCAACCACUCUGGGAGACUUUUCAGCUGAAGAACAGGGUAAAAAUGCUUUAAAUAAAUACAUAAUAAAUUUCAGCCUCUGAGAUCUCUUCCCUCUGCAUUUCUAUUUCUGUCACUUUUAUUAUUCACUUCCCCCUUGUCACCUAACCAAGGGAGCACUCCUGUAGCAUCCGCAGAGGAAGAAAAUGUUAUAGAUGUACUCUGCGAAGAACGAAGCAGCCUUAACCUUCUCCUCUGAUUUAUCAUGCAAACAUCCUUGCACAUUUAAAUCUUUGGGCUGCCACUUCUGUUUGGAGCUCCUCCAUGCUUACACAAGCUCUGACACACUGUUGUGUUUGACAGAGGAAGGAAGUGGGAAGCAAGAGGGACAGGAAAACGAGGAGUGUUUAUGCCUGGCAUAAACAAACAAGCAAGUCUAACCCGCCUGCCCCCCCCCCCCACCCCACCAACAAUAAUUUAAUGUAGUUCAUUUCAGGAGGACUUAUCCUGAGGAAAUAUGUUUAUGAUUGCAGCAUGGCAAAGCACAGAAAGCACGUUUGGGCAGGAUUAGAGUGCAGUGCUGACGUAUUUUACACACCGUAGUAACACGUUCCUGCACUUCCAGAAAUAAAAUCCAUCUUAUGCUAGAUAAGUGGGUGCAUGUGUGCAUGCAUGUGUGUGCAAGAUUCUGGAUGUCGUCAUGCAAUCUGUAGUAAAGAUAAUGUCCCAAAUUCCCCUCCACUGCCCAGAGCUGCCCAGCACCCUUCCUUCCUUCCUUCCUUCCUUCCUUCCUUCCUUCCUUCCUUCCUUCCUUCCUUUUUAGCUGACGGUAUCCCCGCGCUGUCUAUUGGUAUUUUGACUCGUGGGAGAAUCAGUUCCUCUCAGCAUCACAUUUCCCUGUGCCCUUUUGCAGGCAGAGCCCACAACGUGUCACACGUGGCCGCGAGCUUUCCUUGCCAGGCCCUGCAAUCUGCUCCAGCUGUGCCCUCAUUUAUCCCAUGACGACACUGUGACAGCAAGUCCUGCCCUUGUGACCACCAGGAUUGAUUAUUGUAAUACCCUCUGAGCCGGCUGUCCAGACCAGCAGCCCCUCUUGCUCUCUCUGCCAAAGCUGCUUGUUCAGAAGACAACGGCAUCAUGGGCAGCCCUGAUCCUGUUAUCUCACCUCCCCACAUGCCCCUCCUUCCCCAGGAGCGAUUGGCAACGCUGCUGAGAGCGCGGCAUGUGGCAAACUGGACGUUGCCCUGUCGCACCAUUAAGCCCUUUGUGGUGUUGGCUCUGGGAUUUUAAAGGUCUUCUGUCCUGUUUUACUACAGCAUGCCCCGGGCUCCAUGACUCAGGUGUGCACCUGUGCAUUAUGUGUGUGUUUUCUUUUAAGGUGGGGGGAACAUAAAAGUGGUUUGGCUUCCUGCAGCUAUGGAUGCUAGUACUGAUUAAAGAAGAUGUCACAGGCUAGGCUAUAGAAAAGGUAGAGUGGUACCAUGGUAGAGUAUCUGCUUUCCAGGCAGAUGUUCCCAGGGUCAGUCCCUAGCAUCUCCAGUGACAGGAACAAGCCAGCAGGAAAUCAACCAAGCAAGUUGGAGUUAACUAUUUAUUACCAAAACCAGGAUCUGCACAGGAGUGCCAGGCCUAAUUUGCAUAGCAACACAUCUCUGGCAGGUCUUGCCCCCAUGAAGCAGUUGCUGAGACUGUAGGUCCCUGGCUCCCCACAGCUGCCUAAGUCCCCUCCUCUCCAGGGUUUUUCCCAAGCAAUCUGUGCCUGCGUGAAGCUGACUUCUCCUCUGCCUCUUUAUGCCUCUUCUAGGCCUGGGAGUCCAGAGAGGAGGAGAGCUUGUCGCAGUGGGAGAGGGAGACACUUGUGCCUCUUCAACAGCCGGACUCAUCUCUGCCUCUUGGCCUCCCUCCUUUCCUGCUUCAGCUUCUGCCUCUGAUUUCUGGACUUCUCUCUGUCACAGACUCUUCCAGCUCACUAAGCCCUGUUACCUCUUCAGCUUUUGACACUUCCUCCGUUUUCUCCUUCUGGCCACUCAUCGUUGCCCCACUACCACUCCCCUGGCUCUUAGCCUUCUUCCCCUGGAGGUUCCCUAGCUGGUUCCUCCCACCAUUCCUCUGUACCCAAGCAGUCUGUGACGUCCAGGUUUGCUGUUUUAAAUUCUGUCUAGGAAAUACCAGAAAUAUUACAUUUUAUUCUCUCAUCUUAACAAAAACUUGUCUUUGACUACUCAGAAGGUAAGCAAACUAAUUUAGGGAAAUGGUGUGUGUGUGUGUGUGUGUGUGUGUGUGUGUGUGUGUGUCUCUCUCUCUCUCUCUCUCUCUCUCUCACACACACACACACACACACACACACACACGUUCAUACCAAAGAGAUGUGGCUGGAGGACUGCUUAACAGAAAAGGAAAAUACGAAUGUACAGCCAUGUUAGCCAACAUGUAACUUGUAGCUUUGUGUAUUUGUAGCAUUUGAAUUUGGCAACCAAAUUCAAGGGUGCAUGCAGUCCUGGGCAACUUGCCCUACCCUGCUAGGACCCAAAGAGCCAGGAACCUGAAGGAGACUGAAGACCUGUUCCUCGUGAGAAGCACGAGGAAUGCCAAUGCCAAUCAGCAAACUUUUGCAAUGGGGGGGGGGGGGUCAAAAGCAGCUUGUGACCUGGUCAUGGGGGUUAGCUACCCAAAGAAACAAAAGCCCCAGGCUAGGGCAAUCCUUUUAUUUGAGCCUUAAAAGUUAUUUAGACCCCGGGUGCUCAUGGUUUGAACAAAGGAUCUUCUUGAACAAGGUAUAAAAUGCUUGCAAACAUUUCCAGUGCAAUUUUGGGGAGGGGGGCAGUGUAAGAAAACCCUCUAAAUGUUUGUUUUUUAAACUGUUUCCCAUUUGUAUUCCAGGGAAGCAAUGAGCUAUAAUCUGACUUGGUUGGCACUGCUAAUGCACCAGAGUAUUUUGCUGUAUUAAAUUCUGUCUAGGGUGUCUGAAAUACUACAUUUUAUCCUCUCACCUUUUCUUGUCUCUAGCCUAGCAAGUUCUGAAGCGGUACGCUUGGGUCUGAGCUGUACCAUUUUAGGUGGGGUUCAUUCUGUUCUGUUAACAACAACAACAACAACAACAACAACAACAACAACAACAACAACAACAUCCUCCAUAUAGAAAACUUGAUACCAGUGAGAAGAGUUCUUGUCUAGCUUGUUUCCCUGACAUGCUACUUUUCCAUGUGCAGGAAUUUUUUGUCCAGAGCAGCAUUCACUAAGGGUAGUCCCUGCUUGUAGCCUGAAGUGGCAUAGACCAAGCACAGAUUUACUGCUCCAGUGUAAACUCCUCUGCUGCCUUCCCACUUUUAGCCCCCAAGAUAUUUCCCCUUUAUUCCAUUAUUUGGCUUCUGUGUUUUAUGGCUGCAGCUGGGCAGCUUUUGAGCAAUUAUUCCAGAGGCUGGUUUAAUUGGGUGCUAUUUGUAUUUGUGUUUUCUUCUCAGGUUUGGACGUCUUGGUGCCUGCAAUGGAUGCUGACGCAGAUGGAAUUAAUGUUUCAGUGGAAGUGGAGCCAGGACGGACGUGGAACCUAAGCAUCCCUAGGUGAGGCAGAAGAAUGACAUAUUGAAGUCUAUUUGCAGCACACUGUAGCUAUUACUAUUAUUAUUAAGAGUGUGCUUGAUUUUGGUGGGGAUAAUUCCAUCAACCCUGGAAGCCUGGUAUUCCCUUGACAGUAUUUCAGUGUCUGUUUCUGUAAGUUAAUUGUCCAGGCUAAUUUCAUUUUACUGUAAUUCAUGGACUGUGGCACUGGUUGGGAUAACAACAAGCACUGCCCGGGCUCUCUCAAGCGCAGCAGAGGAAUUGGCUGGAUGGUCAGAAGUGCUUAGUGAGCCUCCCCACCCCCAGCUGAGGAAGUUUGCAACUUGGGGGGAAAAGGAGGUGGUCAGAUCUGAGCUCAUGGCCACUUCAGGUUUUGUAGCACUGCAUAUUUACAGGCAACUUUCAAAUCUUUAACUUUUAAAUAUGGGGUGCCUUGGUGCAUGAAACAGCAGGGAAGCUCUAGAUGUUUUGCCACCAUGUGUGGGUGGGUGCCAGUGUCAGAUUCCCAUCUGGAUAUUCCUUAAGUAUAGCUCCUUCCCUAGUGUUAGGGAUUAGCCAUUAUAUUGUGCAAGUUAGGAAGCAUCAUGCCAGAAGCAGCUCUAAAUUGUUUUCAGCUGUGCACUUGUUUCAGUCGAUACAAAAAGACCAGGAAUAAUAGUAGUCGUAGAAAUAAAUAACUAAACAAACAAACAAAUAGUGUGACAUGGAUGCAAAGGUUCUGCCCGUCCUCUUGCACACAGAAAAUUCUCACUUGAAUGAUUUAAAGCAGGGACGGCCAACUUCCCAGAGACUGCGAUCUACCCACACAAUUAAAAACUGGCAGUGUUCUACCCCUUUUGGGGGGGGGGUUUCAGGUCAAAGUUGUUAAGCUUUUUUAGGGAUGAACGUCCCGUUUUGAAGGGGUUCAGGACCUGUUGGACAUCCCCGAUUUAAAGUAUCACCUAGUGGCUCAGAAGCAAAUUGCUGCUGCGUUCUAAAAAGUACCUGACAGAGGCAGCAGAUCUGCCUCCUACCCCUGUUGGCCUCCUCCUCUGCUGUCAUCUGUCAUACCCACUCUUCUGUGCAGGGUGCCAUUUUGAAAAUCUUUGUGGAAUAAGAACUUACUGACUUUGGCUAUGGUGGGGGGGGCACACCUAAAUUGCGGGUCUCGAGAGAUGUGGAGGACCCAGAAUACUUCUAUAUCAUCUGGUAGGAUUUUAUUUCUUAUGUUUCAAACUUAGAUGCCCAGUGUUUACCCACUGUCCAUGCCAGCUUAGAAAAUAUGGAUGUCUUGCUUUAUAUGGGUGUCUUGCUUUUUCCGUAUGGGGUGCGACAUAAUAACACUUUGGAGAUCCUGAGCCUCAAGGAGGUUCAAUUGGUCUCAACUAGGGCCAGGGCCUUUUCAGUACUGGCCCUGAAUUGAUGGAACGCUCUGUCGCAAGAGACCAGGGCCCUGCGGGAUUUGACAUCUUUCCACAGGGCCUGCAAGAUGGAGCUGUGCCGCCUGGCCUUUGGCUUGGACUCACUCGGACCCCUUAUGUGGGAUUUGGUAUAUAAAUUUUCCCUUGGCUUUUUUGCUGGCUCGUGUAGGACCAGCAUGGACAGCUGGCUCGGGUGAAUAUCUGAUGUUUCCUCCCUUUAUGGUCUUGAUUGAUGAGCUACUACUAAAAUGAGGCUGCAUUUUAAGCUGCAUUUUAAUUGUUUUUUCUUCUUUUUUUAUUGCGUUUUAUUGUAAUUUAUAUUCGGUGUUAGCCGCCCUGAGCCUGGCCUUGGCCUGGGAGGGCUGGGUAUAAAUGAAAUAUUAUUGUUAUUAUUAUCUAAUAAUAAUAAUAAUAAUAUGCCUUGCUAUGGCACCUAGGUAUUGUGAGUUAUGGUCAUUGUGCUUCAUUAGGGAGGGGGAGUUCUCCCCCCAAACCAAACCUGAAAUGACUCUCCUCCAGCAGAAAGAAAAGCAGUUCAGCUCUUCAGCCUUAAUGAACUUCAUUGCACCCUCCAUGGCACUUUGUCCCAGGUAUUUAGCAGGCGUUGUGCACUCCAGUUUGGAAAGGAGGCAACUCUGAGAGUGAAGUCAAAUGAAGGCAGUGCAUUAGUCACACCAACCCCUAGCUAUCUUGUGGUGUUAAGUGAAAAAUUAGCAGUUAGGUGAUGGCUCCUCAGGAGGCCUUUGAUCCUACUGUGACUGUAAUGAGACAAAGUGAAUGAAUCUCAAAAAAAAGAGCCUUGUAGAAAUGAACAGGCAAAAUAUCAAAGGUCUUUUCUCUCUCUCUCUCCUUAAAACAGACUGAAGCUAAAUUAAAUGCAUUUCCUCCGGUUUCUGUUAAAACAGCUCAACUUUCAUGCUGUCAAGUUUGCUGAGGGCGGGGAAGGCUAGGCAGGGGCAUUGCUGAGCUGUGAUAUUUUCCAAAUAUUAGGCUAGUAGCCCAUUUUCAAAAGAAAUUGAACUUUUUUUUAAAAAAAAAAGUAUAUAUAUUUCAUUAUCUACAGAAGUGAUUAUCAUCUCAUGUAGCCUCAAGGUGAAUAUUGUAAGACUCAUAGGAAGCUGGUGGGGUUGCUCUGCUUAUGAAUAUAUAAUUGACAAGCUCUGGUCGAGACCUGACUUGCCCAUUGCUAGUGCAUGUUUGCGCUGCUUCUCCUGUUCUCCUGACAGUAUAUCAAUAUAUUGUCCAAAACCAGUUUCAAGUCCAUAUCAUGAUUUCAGUUUCAUAUUUUUUGACCUGGCAAGAUAUUGCAAAUCAUGAUGUGUGUGUGGGCACGUGUGCUGUGCAAAAAUCACAUUGGGGGGGGGGGGGAACUGUGAAACUGGGUAAUGCCUCUACAUUGCUUCAUCCUUAUAUCAAACAUUGUGAUAUAUCACCAGCUAAACACUGUAUUAUACUGAUAAUCAUGGAGUUGAUAACCAGCACCAUCCUUAUUUCAGACAUUGUGAUAUAUCAAUAUAUCACGAUGUUUAUUUGGUGAUAUAUUGCAGUGUUGAAAGCCAGAUGUUGCUCAGCCCUACUAUCUCCAAGAUCUGCAUGUCAUAUUUUCCUAUGGAAAAUGGCCAAUUUAUGAGAUCUAUCCAUGACAGUAGAAUCCCAGGGGGUUGCAAACAAACUAUCUCUAAAUGAGAAGCAGGAUGCUACAGGCAUCGUUUCUGAUGGUCCCCACUUGAUCAAAGGAACUGCUCAGAAGGGAACAUGCUGCCUUUUCCUUGACUAUGAUGCUUUUAAUAGUUGGCUUUAUGGUUUGCAAAGCUUGCUACAAGCAGAAAUCAAAACAAUGCUAUAAACCAGUCCCUGUGCACCUAUCAUUUGGGGUUGGGGAGGCACACGAAAGCCUGAAUUACACAACUGGCAGUGUAGGCUGACUAGAUGGCUGUCUGAGCCUCGUUGUUAUCAGUUGCCUGAAAAAGGACCAGAGUAAACUUGGAUUCAGUAAUCAGCACUUCAGGUACUUGAAGCUUUAUAGUUGGCUAGGAUAGGGACUACAAGGCAUAUCUUUGAGCCGGCUCAAUGUAAGGUUAUAUUUUGAUCCUCAGCUCUUGAGUGCACCCGCAGGACCUUGCCUGGGAAGGGAACUCACUACAAUUCAAGACAACAUGGAGCAGACAUAGGCAAUAGGUUUACAAAUUGCCCGAAUUACAUACGGAAUGUAUAACUUGAGAGCACUUCCAACAGGCAUGAAAGGCUACCCAGGGCAGGCUGGCCAGUCUUCAUUUAAUGGAUCUGGGAGACCAGGUUAUUGUGCAGAACUGAAAACCUAACUAUUGAUAACCCCACCCAACAAAUUUAAAUUCACUCACAGUCCUGCAUACUUUCACGGAUGCUAGUCCCAAUUAAGUUGCGUCACUCAUUUUCAAGGAUUAUUAGCAUGAGGUUCAGAAUUUUUGAACAGGAAAAGCAGUAGCUAAGGGCAGAGCAUCUGCUUGGCAUGCAGAAGGAGCCACGUUAAGUCCCCAAGUAGGGAGAAGGACACUUCUUGUCUGAAACCCUAGACAGUUGCUGCCAAGCAGUGCAGACCAGUGGUUCCCAAUUAGCUAAUGACUGAGGACCCCCUACUUUUGAAAAUUUAAUAAUUAUAUUGUAGUUGCCUCUGCAAAGCAAUUUUUUGAACAAAAUUUGGGGUAGCCCCUAAUAAGCAAAGGAUUUUAGGUAUACUAAAAAAACCCAGACCAUAAAAUUUGUGAUAUUACCAUGCAAAAAUGACAAAAAAUAGUUGGGGGGAGGCAAGGGACGGGGCCGCAGACCCCCAGGGGGAACCACUGGUGUAGACAAUAAGGAACUGACUCUGUAUAAGGAAGCUUCCUGUGUUCUAUGAGUGACCUUGGGGUCCCUUUCUCUAAUUGUAAGUUGGACCAAAAAGAUUUCAAAAACUCUGUGAAGAUGGAUAAGAGCUCUAAGUAAUUCUGUCUAGUCUCAUUCUAAUCACAAGAUUUGCCAAGUCCCAGUUGUAAUGUCUGUUUAAAGUGGUAUGCUACUGCUUUUAAUUCAUAGUGCAGAUGAGGCCUUGGUGCAGUGAUGGUAGUCUAUUGCUAAAGGUGUGUUUUAGGACCUAGGUUAAAAACAGUGGCAGGUUAGUCCCAGUCUAAUGUGAAUUAAGCAGCGAUGGCAAGGAGAGGAGAGUUUGGUGCAUGCCCCCACACUCAUCUACUGUUGCCGCCUUAUCUAGCCAAGGAUCCUAGCCAAGGAUCCUCUGCCUUGAACUAAAGGUGGCAAAUGCAACCCCGCCCCACCUCACACACCCUUCUUCUCCUGGUGGGGCUUGGGGGGGGGGGAGAGAGAGCUAUGAAGGCAACAUCUAGGGAUGUCUCAUGUCCUGGUGCAUUUGACUCAAGGGAGGUUGAAGGCGGCAGCCUUUGUCAAUGUGGCCAAAAAGAAAGAAUGAGAAAGGAAGGGUGUGUGAAUACAUUUUAAGAAGUGUGUAUUUAAUAACCUCCAUUUGGCAUUUUGGGCUCUUUACGAAGAUCCAGAAAGUAAUGUAAAACACUAAAAAUAUCAUACUAUGCCCCCUGUUCAGUCCUCUAUACAGUCUCCAUUUAUAUCAGUGCAUUAUGGGAAAGCAAGAUAGUCCUAAUCAUUUUGUUUAUUUGUUUAAUAGGAGGCUGUUGGGCAUUUCCCACUGUGUCACGGACAGCCAUGCUCUGAACGAUAAACUGGCACUGAAAUGUAGAUGGUUGACACUGCAACUGAUGCUUCAUAAGCUAUCCACAGAGGCAGCAUGACUGUGAAUCACCACCAUGAGAGAGUCGUCUUGUACGCGAGUGAGGGCAUCUCAGUGCCCAGCAAUGGAAGACUUUGGAAUCAGUCAAUAAAGUGCCUUCAGCUGCUCCCGCUUUGCGUUUUGGUCCAUUAGAGGAUGGAGAAAGGUCACUUGCUCUUACGUUGAUCCGGGGUGGUAGUAGUGAAGAGACAAAGAACUUUCUGCUGAUACCAGCUUAACAGGGAGACGCAGAACGCUGGCUUGGAAGGCCUUGUCUCUUGCCCUCCUGGAUGAGCUUCUUCUCUGCAGUCUCCAAUCGAGCAUCAAGAGCCCCAGCAUCUUCCCUCUAUCAGACUUCAGACUCUAGGCUAGAGAUUCGCCUCCACGAUCUUCCUGCGUAAGGGCUGUGCAUCCUCUGGGUGCUCAGGAAGUCUCUCCGCUCGGUAUUGACCAUCUGAAGAAACGUUGGGUCCACCCUGCUGCGGUCCCUGUAGUCUCUGUAGGUGCUACCAAAGUACAUGGUCCUCUGGCCAUCCUGGUGGACCAGGAAGUCCCUGCUGCAAGGCGACCAGGGAGCUCGGCUGAAGCUGUGCUGGGUGGCACUGGACUGUUCGCACAGCUGCGGGGAGCCUGGGUAAAGGCGCCCCCAGUAGAUAGGCAGGUUUGUGUACGAGUUCAUGUAGGCAUACUGCUUGUGCACCACCGUGGAAGAAGCCUUGUGCACGCCUGAGCUGUUGUGUAGGCAGGCCUCCCGGUACGAGGGGAGCCUCGUGGACUGCGAAUGCAGCAGCCGCUGGUCCUUCCAAGGUAAGCCGUUGGCCUCCACACAUUUCCUAUUGCAUGUAUAACUCGGCCUAAGGGCACCGGGAGGGUAGGAAUGCGUUCCAGGCACUGACAUUGUUUUUGGAGCCCGGCCAGCUUUGGGGAAGAGGUCUGGCACAUCCCCAUAGGCUGAGGACUUCCCAUGAUGUUUCCACAGGCCUAGAGACUGGGGUCUCUCCUGCUCCCAGCCGGACCUCGAGAGAUUAGCUCUGUGGCUCGGCUUCUCUCUCCUUAGCUCUAUUGAGUCAGAUUCUUUGUACAGAAAGGGUCUGCAAGUCCUGUUAGCUUUGGGGAAGGAAUUGUGGACACAGGCAUGAGGCGGAAAGUGGCUCUCCAACUCCUUUCGCUUCUCGGAAGUGGAAGCCAGCCGCUCCACCUGGGCUGAGCUGUCGUCACCACCUUCUCCGUACACCAGGUGAACGUUCUGGUGGUGGAAUUUCUCCUUGGUGUGCCCUCUGGCCAAGGCCAGCUUAUGCUUAUGCUCAGGUAGAGGAAGCUCCCUAGCAGUUCCUACUGGGGAGUGGGGAGCAGCACUAAGGUGGUUUCCAAGUGGCACGUGGUUUCUGACAUGGGUCUGAGGUGUGGGUCUUACCAUGUAGUGGGGGGAGCUGUUCACAGUGGAACCGGGGAGCACCUUGUCCUCAGAAUAGCUGCCUCGGAACUUCAGCGGAUGAAGAAUCUGCGGCUGCUCUAGUGUCCCUCUCCAGUUUUCACUGGCUGGCACCAAAGACUGCUGGAGCGGAGAGAGGGAUUGUGGGAGAGACCUCCCAAGCCUCUCAGCUGCUGCUGCAUCAGAGGCAUGAGCUGGCCUGGUAGGCCCACUGGUGUUCUGCACAACAAGCUGAGGAGUCCUUAGGGAGAAGGUGGUUUGGAGGUUUUCGCUCCUGUUUGACCAGUUCUCAAUGGUGCGUGUGGCGUUCUCCAGGGAGUUCCCCACACUGGCUGUCGACACCAUGUUCUUGGCGGCCUGUAGCAUCUUCAACACGUUGGCUUGAGCAGAGUUAGCAGUGACGUCUGGUUUGUGGACGCGGGCAGGGCUCUCCAGAUUCUGGACUCCAUUGAAACAGCUGUAAAUGCCCUGGAAAGAAAGAGAAGAGGGAAGGCAGUGGCUAAGUAGGCAUGUAUUGGAAAGGGGAUGAGCUGGAGGGUGGAGAGGGCAGGUUGGCUUAAUGUUCAAGCUCAUGCAGGACAGACAUUACAAAUACUGAAUGACCACAUUUUUCUGAGUGAACUGGGAAAAUGUUUGAGCAACAAGAUACUUGGGUAAGCUAGCUAUAUUGACAGUCCUACUUACCCUGUUGCAAACCAAGUGCUUCAGUCAUUCAAAGGAAAUACAGUGGUACCUCAGGUUAAGAACAUAAUUUGUUCCGGAGGCCCAUUCUUAACUUGAAACUGUUCUUAACCUGAAGCACCACUUUAGCUAAUGGGGCCUCCUGCUGCUGCCAUGCCACCGGAGCACGAUUUCUGUUCUCAUCCUGAAGCAAAGUUCUUAACCCGAGGUAGUUUCAGAACUUGGGUGAAAGAUCAGGAUUCCAUUAUAAGCUUGGCUGGAUCACCAAACAGGGUUGAUAAGAAACACGUUUCCUCCUUUUCUGCUGACCAAGUCAGGUUGUCCAGGAGGUUGUUCAUGUCUGACCCCCCAGGCACUCUAGCAUUCACAGAUCCAACUCCCUCUCGCUACUUCUGGCAUUCCAGUCUCCAAUUGCCAUGUACUGUUUUCUAUGAAAUAGUGCAGGUUUCCUGUUUCGUUUCUUGGAGGUGAAGUAAUUCUGUUAAAAUGUAUCAAGCUUACACAUUUGAGAAUCACUGUACUAGAUUAAUUUUAUUUCAUAUGUUUAUCUCCUGCUUUCCAUCCCUCAGGUUUAAAGAGCCUACACUUUCUGAAUCCUCGUUAUCUGAACUUCAGCCCGGUACACCUGGAGGAGUGUCUCCACCCCCAUCAUCCAGCCUGGACACUGAGGUCCAGCUCUGAGGGCCUUCUGGUGUUUCCCUCAUUGCGAGAGGUGAGGUUAUAGGGAACCGGGCAGAAGGUCUUUUCAGUAGUGGCGCCUACCCUGUGGGAUACCCCUCCCAGCAGAUGUUGUAUUGUGUUUUUAUUGUUUUUUGUCGGGAGCCAGUCAGAUGGGUGGCAUAUAAAUAAUGAAUUUGAGUAAUAAUAAUAAUUUAUUAUGUCCCAUUACUCUUAAGGGCCCUCAAGGUGAUGGCAUUCGACAAGAUUAAAUACCGUAUAUACUUGGGUAUAAGCCAACCCGAAUAUAAGCCGAGGCACCUAAUUUUAGCAGAAAAAAAUGGGAAAACUUAUUGACUCAAGUAUAAGCUGGUUCACCACACCACAAACCUGGUGGUGGCGGCAGAGGAAGGAGCAGCCCAAAAGACUGCUUUCGGGCCGCUCAUCCCUCUGCCGCUCGCAGGAGCAGGCGUAGGAGCCACGGUUGGGAGAGGCGCAGCACAGGGCAGCACGUCUCCCAACCGCGGCUCCUGUGCCUGCCCUUGCGAGAGACGGGCAGCAGCGGCGGUGGGACCAGCGGUGAGAAAGGGCUCCUUUCUCACUCGAGUAUAAGCCGAGGGGGGCUCUUUCAGCAUAAAAAAUGUGCUGAAAAAGUCAGCUUAUACUCAAGUAUAUACAGUAACUAACAUUUUAAAGUUAAGAACAGAUUGAGGACAGAGGUGACAAUAAAAGGCCCUGUAAUGAGAAAGAGGCCUAUUCUGAUACUAGAUAUCAAUCCAGAUUAUGUAGAAACAAAUCUCUCUCUUGCUUCUGUUCAACAUUAAAUAGUUUCAAACACCUAUUACUUUGAUCAGGUGAGGCACUGGCAGGAAACAGUUAAGGCAUUUUAUGUUGGAGCAGACAGUGCAGCCUCGAAAUGUAAAUGCAGUAGAACCAGGAACAGGCAAAUCAAUUUCCUGGUCUUUUCUCCAGUAAAUUUCUAAUUGGGAAAAGAUUGGUUUUUGAUUGGUUUAAUUUCAAAUACAUUUCACACAAAUUAAGCAGCAGUGAUGCAGUCCUCUACAAAUUGCUUCACGAACCUGUCACAGAAAGCCUUGCUCUGUCUUACCAGUACUAGGGAAGUGGGUCAUGACUGGGCUACAAAUACUGAUAAGGCGGCUCCUUCAGUGUACAUGAGGAGCAGCACACUUGUUGCUUUAUCCGCAGGCAGGUUGACUACGGAAGGCUUUCUUGAGCCUGCCCUGUCCACAUGUUGCAUUUUUGACCUGAAAGAAUUGUGGCUGCCUAAGAGCUGCUCAGAAGGAGCAGGGUCAGGCAGCUGUGGGCAGCGUUGUUCAUUAUCCAAAGAUGAGUUCCUAGCAGAAGGUUGUGGCUGGUUGGAGCACUCUUUGUUAACAAGGCCCAAAAGAAAAACGGCGCAGGGCAGAGGUGGCUUCUGUUUUUACACUCUGCCUCCUUUGUUAGCUGUAGCCACCAUGGGUAUCAUUACUGCUAAAACUGGUUGAUAUCAUUCCUCCAGAACCAUGUAUGGAAAAACUAAUUUCCAUAAAAUACAUUUUCAAAUUUAAAAUUUCAGGUUCGCAUGAGGAGGACUGGAAGCUGUCCAUGGAACCUGUAUGUGUGGAGAAUAUAUUCAGCUUAUCUUUUGGUUGCUAUUUUGUUAAUGUUGUUAACAUUGUUUUAUGGAUUAUAAAUGCUGUAUUGGUUUGUUAAUCAUAUAAUGUGACUGGC